GUCUUUAUUCUAUUAAAAUAAUAUUUCUUUCUGUGUUUCUACAAAUAAAGGUAUGGUAAAUUAAUGUAAUUGUUUUAGCAUUCAAUCUUCAGGUACUCAGAUACCUUUGGUCCAAAAUUUUAAAACAAGUAUCAGUUUUCAAUUUUACAUUUAUUAAUGCAAUGAAAAAUCAAGUUUACACGUAUUUACUCUUUUGCUCUGGCAAAUAUUAUACAAAUAAAAUAAAAUAAAUUCACGCAAAUAAAAUACAACAAAUAGUUCAACACAUCAUUUGUUUCUUGAGCUGUCUUGUAAACUUAUAGUCAAUUCAAAAUUGCCUCAAACCAAAGAUUUAUAGAAUACUUUUUACAUUUUAUUUAAUAGUCUGAUAUCAUUUAGUUAAAAUGGAUAUUCCAAUAAUUCUGGCUGCACAAGGGCACAAUCAAAAUUGGCGUGAAACUAAGCGUGCUGUUUUGAAUGAUUAUAAUGAUGUGGAAUGUCGUCAAAAGUUUCGUUUUCCAAAAGUUAUUAUAAAUGACAUUAUCACAACUCUACAUUAUGAUUUUUCACCAUUGACUGCAAGAAAUAACCCAAUAAAUACAGAAACAAAAGUGUUGAUAUCACUCAGACUCUUAGCAACAGGCACUUUUCAAGGUGUAAUUGGUGAUACAUCAGGAAUUAGCCAGUCCAGCACAAGUCGGAUACUUAGUGAAUUUUGUAGGUGUUUUAUUCAGCGUUAUCAUCACCUCAUUAAGUGGUAUGGUAGCAAGGAGGAGAUGACGGAAGUGAAAAGAAAGUAUCAGCAAUCAUGGGGCGUUAAAGGGCUUCUUGGGUUGAUUGACGGUACAAUGAUACCUAUCAAAGGAGCCAUUGGAGAUGAUGAGCCAGCAUUAAUUGCAGAAAAGGAUAUCCUGCUGUGAAUUGUCAAGUUGAUGUUGAUCCAGAUGGUAUAUUUAGAGAUGUUGUAAUUAAGUAUCCUGGUUUAUGCCAUGAUUCAUUUAUAUUUGCAAAUUCUACUCUCAAGCAGACGCUAGAGUUAGAUCCAACUGCAGGCUUUCUUUUUGGUGACUCUGGAUAUGGCUUGUCACCUGUCAUUAUAAAUCCAUAUAGUGUGCCAGCAACACCAGAUGAAAUUUAUUUUAAUCGAGUUCACCGAAAAGCACGCAGUGAAGUGGAGCGAUGCAUCGGGCGUCUUAAGAACCGUUGGAGGUGCUUUCAUAAAAGUGGUGGAGCGCUACAAUAUACUCCAACGAUGUGCUGCAGUAUUAUUCUAACUUGUAUUUUACUAGAAAAUAUGUGUCAUUCAAUUGGCUUAGAGAUCCAGUUGAGUUUGAUAUUGAUGAUGAUGAUAAUGAAGAUGAUGAUCAUCCUGACAGACGACUAACCAAUCAAACCCGACUUGGUAUGGAAAGAAGAGUCCUUGUAAAAAACUAUUUAUUUGCUAAUCGUAGACUUUAACAUAUUUUAUUAAUUUUGUUUGUAUAAAAUCUUUUGAGUUAAUUAUAUAUGAAUUCUAACAUACACAUAUUUCUUA